AAAUUGGAUUAAAAUCAGUUUUUUUUUAAUUAGUUAAGUAUCAGAUAAGUUGCUUUCCUCUCAGAAAUUGCUUGAUAUUAUUUUAAUUGUUGCAUUAGCAGUCAAAUUCAAAAAUACACCAGAGAAAUGUUUAAUAUAUUCGUAUAUUAUGUAUUAAUGUACCGGUAUUACAGUAUCUAUAUAAAUGUCACGGCCUUCGUUGUUUUUUGUAGUUCAUGUGGGUCGCGAUGGGGGCGCUUUAGCAACGCGAGGCAGCCAAGACCACGACGAAGAGCGAAGGGGAGCCAAAAGUCUCCUCCCUUUCCGGUCGGGUAAUGGUGCCAAAAUUGUACGUGAUUCGGGAAGUUUACUUUCUGGUUAGGGUUAGCCUCACGCCCUGAAUGACGCAUAUGUACUUCAGUUUAAAUGGUAAAUAAUUAUGAGUGUUUCGACUAAUUUGAGAUUUAUUCAAGAAGAAACCGGAAGUAGGUGGGUGCGUGAUGCCUCGAAUCGAGAACAGGUAGAAGAAAGAAGAUGGGUGCUGGUGACCGUAAAACAUAGCAAAGCUGUUAGCAAAACCCAGCUAAAUCAAACGACUACGAUUGCCGAUUAGCAUCUGUUCCAGUGUACUUCACCUCAACCAGACGUCUGUUCUAUAUGGAUCUGGAAAGCGGGAAUGCAGAUGUUCAACAAGUAGUGCUGGUCAAAGAAGAAGCUCCUGAAGAACAGAGUGCUGGUGUGAACCAGCAGGACCCAGAACAAUUCCACAUUAAGGAGGAACAGGAAGAACUCUUGACCUGUCUGGAGGAAGAGAAGCUCCAUGUAAAGGAGGAGACUGAUGGUGCCAGGUUUCCCUUCAUUGUUUGUAUAAAGAGUGAUGCUGAUGAAGAAAAACCUUUGUUAUCACAGCUUCAGCAGCAGCAAAUAGAAGAUAAAGAUGUUCCGACCUGCAGCUCAGCUGACCAGAUGACAGCAGAAACUGGUGGGGGAAUAAAAAUGAGCAGAAACCCAGAUGUGAACCCUCAUGCACAGACAUCUGGUUCUUCAGAGACUGAAGUUAGUGGAGAUGAUGAUGAAGAAGAACAUGGUGUGAAUCUAGUCCAGACAGAACAAAAUUUAUUUAGUUGUGAUGACUGUGGUAAAAGAUUUAGGGGAAAAUCGAGUUUAAACACCCACAUGAAACUCCACACUGGACAUAAACCUUUUGCUUGUGAGUUCUGUAGACGAAGAUUUAGCCAUAAGUCUAAUUUGAACCGUCAUGUGAGAGUCCAUACAGGACAGAAACCUUUUGCUUGUCAGGUCUGUGGACAAAAAUUUAGCCAGAAGUCAACUUUAAACAGCCAUACGAGAGUCCACACAGGCCAGAAACCUUUUGCUUGUGAGCUUUGUGGACAAAGAUUUAGCCAUAAGUCAACUUUAAACAGUCAUACGAGGGUCCACACAGGACAGAAACCUUUUGCAUGCGAGUUCUGUGGACAAAGAUUUAGCACUAAGUCAAAUUUAAACAACCACAUGAGGGUCCACACAGGGCACAAACCCUUUGUUUGUGAGCUCUGUGGACAUGGAUUUAGCCAAAAUGCACAUCUAAACAGUCACAUGACAGUCCAUACAGGACAGAAACCUUUUGCUUGUGAUCUCUGUGAAUUAAAAUUUAGCCGAAAGUGUAAUUUAAGUAAACACAUGAGUGUCCACACAGGACAGAAACCAUUUGCAUGUGAGGUCUGUGGACAAAGAUUUAGCCAAAAUUCACAUUUAAGCUGUCACAUGACAGUCCACACAGGACAGAAGCCUUUUUCUUGUGAGGUCUGUGGACAAAGAUUUAGCCAAAAGUUUACUUUAACCAAACACAUGAGUGUCCACACAGGACACAAACCCUUUGCUUGUGAGGUCUGUGGACAAAGAUUUAGCCAAAAGUUUACUUUAACCAAACAUAUGAGAGUCCACACACGGCAAAAACCUUUUGAUUGUGGGCUCUGUGGACAAGGGUUUAGCCAAAAGUCAAAUUUAAACAACCACAUGAGAGUCCACACAGGACAGAAACCUUUUGCCUGUGAGCUCUGUGGACAAAGAUUUAGCCGAAAGUCUAAUUUAAAGAAACACACCAGUGUUCAUAUAGAACACAAAGAAUCGCAAGACUGCAAAUCUGUCUUUCUUUGAAUAUUUGUUUUUAGGUAUUUUUGAUUUUAUUAUUAUUUUGUUUAAAUUUCAGGACACAUUUACUUUUAAGUGCUUGCUGAUACCGAGUACCAAUAAAGGUAUUAAUAAAUGCUAUUGCACUCCA